AUGCAGCACAAGAAUGCCAUUUACAUAACUGCCUCGCAUCUGAUUAAAUCCCUUCCUUCCGUGUGCACGCCUUAUAACCAGGUCCAUCGCCGUGCCUUCCUUCCCCAAUCCCCACCCGCAAUGUCCAACGUCGUCUUCUCCUCCCAGCACUCCUCCUUUCGCUCCGCAAAGUUCUCCAAAGACGGCGCGCCCAUCACCCCCGAGUUCGACUUCGUCGUCGUAGGCGGCGGACCCUCGGGCUGCGCCCUCGCCGCCCGUCUCGCCCAGGACGGAAAGUUCAGCGUCCUGCUGCUCGAGGAGGGCGUCACCGUCGACCAGAAUCCGGAACUGCGCAACUGCGUCAACGCCCCGCUCCAGACCCGCUCCCUCCACUUUUCCCAGUUCGACGCCCAGUACCGCUCUGCCCCCGAGGAACCCUUCACCGGCCGCGAGAUCGACAUCAACAGCGGGAGAGUCCUCGGCGGGUCCUCCUGCAUCAACUGGGCCAUCUGGACCCGCGGUCCUAAAGACGACUAUGACCUCCUUGCGGACCUCGUCGACAACCCAGACUUUUCCUGGGAGAAGAUCGUCCCCGUCUACGAGCAGAUCGAGAAGCGCUCGAAAGACUCCCAGAACCCCAUCUCCAUCCGCGCCAUCUCCCAGACCCCGCGCACCCAGCGCUGGUCCUCCGUCGCAGAGCAGUCGUACAAGCAGGCCGGCUUUGCCAAGUACGACGACGUCAACGGCGGCCCCAUGCUCGGCUACACCGAGCUCGUCGAGAACGUCGACGACAAGGGCACCCGCUCCUCCGCCAACGGCUACUUUGGAGCCACCGUCGAUCCCGCAAAGACGCGUCUCGAGAUAUGGACCGGGCUCCGCGUGAGCAAGAUCCUCUUCAGCGAGGAGCAGCCGCCCAGGGCGAUUGGCGUCCAGACGAGCGCCGGCGCGGUGCACGCCAAGCGAGAAGUGAUCCUCACCGCCGGCGCGAUCCAGAGCGCCUACCUCUUGCUCCUCUCCGGCAUCGGCCCCGCCGCCCAUCUCGCCGAACACGGCGUCUCCCUCGUCGUCGACUCGCCCACCAUCGGGCAACAGAUGUGGGAGCACCCCUUCAUGGACCUCUCCUUCCGACUGAAGGACGAGUACCGCGCCGACACCGUCGAAGACCUCUCCAGCGUGAAGACCGCAGGGAGGCACCUGCACACCUGGGCCCGGGAGGGAAAGGGCAUGAUGAGCGCGCGAGAUCGAGGCGCUGCUCAAAGAUGGCGAGUCGCUCUCGAUCCCCCGCGCGCGGUCCGUCCGCUCACAGCUCCCCGCCUAGAUCCAUCCGCGUCGCCCAUCGAGCGCGCCACGCUCUUGCGCGCCGUGACCCCGCACUUUGAGAACUUCCUCACCUACGGCCACGGUCUCACCACCGCCCCCGACCCUCUGGAAUCCUCCUACAUGUCCAUCACGACCGUCCUCCUGCGCCCCAAGUCUCGCGGCUCGGUGUCGCUCGCGCCCGCCACCGCCAAGUCCGGCGCCGCGCCCGCCGUCAAGAUCGUGCUGAACCAGCUCAAGGACAAGGUCGACCAGGAGCUCAUGCUCCAGGCCCUCGAGCGUGCCUUUGACAUCCUCCAGGCCGACGCCUGGACGGAGCACCUCGAGCCGAGGCCGAGGCCCGAUCGCGACGGUCUCCUGGAGCUCAUCAAGAAGGACCUGCGCACCAUGUGGCACUUUGGCGGCACCGUCCCCAUGUCGACCAAGUUCGGCGCAGGCGCUCUGGACAACCGAUUCCGCGUGCUGGGCGUGACCGGCUUGCGCGUCGCCGGUGAGUCCCUGCCCGUGCUUGCUCUUUGCGCGUUUCCCGAGUCGGCGUCGCGCAGACACGGGCGCCGUGCCCUUCCCGGUCGCCUGCCACACCCAGGCCAUCGCCUACGCCCUCGGAGAACAGGCGGCUCGGUUCAUCGGACAGGACCACGCGAGCGCCGUCGUGUGAUUGGAGCAGCUAGACGUCAACAGCAAAUACAAUCCAUGUACACAUACUGA